AUGUCCGAGGAGAAACCCCCCGUCUCCUUCAUCGGCCUCGGAGCCAUGGGCUUCGGCAUGGCCACCCACCUCGUGAAGCAAGGCUACCCCGUGACCGGCUUCGACGUCUGGGCGCCGACCCUCGAACGCUUCCGGGCCGCGGGCGGGCUCACAGCAACCAACCCUUCCGAGGCCGUCGCCGAGAAGCUUUUCUGCGUCUGCAUGGUAGCCACCCCACAGCAAGCCCAGUCCGUGCUCCUCGACGGGCCAGACCCGGCCGUCCCCGCUCUGCCCAAGGGCGCCGUGCUCCUCCUCUGCUCCACCGUGCCCUGCGACUAUGUGCAGUCCCUGGAGCGCCAGCUCCGCAACAUCGGCCGCGACGACAUUCUACUCGUCGACAGCCCCGUGUCGGGCGGGGCCGCGCGCGCCGCCGACGGGACGCUGUCCAUCAUGGCGGGCACGUCGGACGCCGCGGUGGAGAAGGCGCGCCCGCUGCUGGCGGAGAUGGCGGACCCGACGAAGCUGUACAUGGUACAGGGCGGCGUCGGCGCCGGGAGCAACAUGAAGAUGGUGCAUCAGGUGCUGGCGGCUUGCCAGAUCCUGGCCGCGAGCGAGGCGAUGGGCUUUGCGCAAGGCUUGGGGCUGGAUCUGGCGCGGACCCAGAAGGCCGUGCUCGCGUCGGACGCGUGGAAUUGGAUGUUUGAGCACCGCACGCCGCGAAUGCUGACGCAGUUCCAGCCCGUCGCGAGCGCCGUGAAUAUCAUUGUCAAAGAUACGGCUAUCAUCACGGCCGAGGCAAAGAGGCGCGGCUUCCGCGUACCCAUGACCACCGCGGCCGAGUCGGGCUACCGCGAGGCGGUCGCGAAGGGGUACGGCUCCGACGAUGACAGCAGCCUGCUUCGGUUGUACACGGAGUCGGGGACUGGCACAGCCGCGACAGCAGCGCCGGAAGGGAGUUCCGCGGACAAGACAGAUGAGGAGAGGCUAGCUCUUGUGGUUGACCUGCUUAGGGCAAUCAACCUCUGCGCGGCCGGAGAGUCUCUCGCGUUUGCCAAUGCCGUGGGCUUGGAUCUUGACCAGGUGCUGGACCUGUGUGUCAACGCGGCUGGAGCGAGCACCAUGCUCAAGAUCUAUGGGCCUCCCAUCAUCAACGCGCUGCGUAUAGGCGCCGCGUCCAAGAACUGGACCGCUACAGACGGCUCGCCGUCUCUCGGGGAAGUCGCGGACAGGCUCCAACAUGUUGUGCAGUCUGCAGAGCAACUCAAGGUCCCGCUGUUCUUGGGUUUAGAGGCGUCGCGCGUCUUCCGCGAGGCACUCCAGUCCGGGCCGCCGGGACUUGCUGUCGCUGCAGUGGUGAACUUGCCUUUUACAACGAGCAGUCAAAGCACAACUCAUGCUGCAAACAUGGAAAAUGCCAUUAGACCGCAUUUCUUCAAGCAUGGGCGCCCAGAGUCCGACCCCGAAGAGGAGCGCAAGUGUCAUUGGUGCCAGAUCCGUUCCUUCAAGACCCACAAGUCUAUCCCCAUCACCAUCGUCAACGAGCUAGAUGAGGCGGUACUAAACCCCGAAUUUCGCUUCAUCGACCACAACAUCAUUGCCGAUGACGUCCCCGUGGCGGAGGAGGCCUUCAGGGUGGGCUGCGACUGCACGGACGACGAGGAUUGCAUGUAUGGUACAUGCCAAUGUCUCGACGAGAUGGAACCGGACGACGAUGAGGACGACGACGGCUCGAACGGCCGGCCCCGGCGGAAGCGGUUUGCAUACUACUCCAGUGGAUCCAAGGCAGGUCUGUUGAAAAAUAGGAUUCUACACAGCCGGGAACCCAUAUAUGAGUGCCACGAGGGCUGCAAUUGUUCGCCGCAGUGUCCGAAUAGAGUGGUGGAACGGGGCAGGACCGUACCGCUGCAGAUUUUCCGGACCGAGGAUCGAGGUUGGGGCGUCAGGUGUCCCGUCGAUAUCAAGAAAGGACAGUUUGUCGACAGGUAUCUCGGCGAGAUCAUCACGAGCGAGGAAGCGGAUAGGCGGCGCACACAGGCGAGCAUCUCCCAACGCAAGGACGUGUAUCUCUUUGCCCUCGACAAAUUCUCGGACCCGGAUUCCAUCGAUCCCUUGCUGGCGGCCCCGCCACUCGAGGUAGACGGAGAGUGGAUGAGCGGGCCGACACGGUUCAUCAACCAUAGCUGUGAGCCAAACAUGCGCAUCUUUGCGCGCGUUGGCGACCACGCCGACAAACACAUCCACGACCUAGCUCUGUUCGCGAUCCGCGAUAUCCCGGCGGGCGAGGAGCUGACCUUUGACUAUGUGGAUGGAUUGGAGACCAUGGAGGACGAUGCACACGACCCUAACAAGAAAAAGGAUAUGACGAAAUGCCUGUGCCAUACAAAGUCAUGUAGAGGUUUCUUGUGGUGA